AACUCAGUCGCUGCUGGAACGGACAAAGCGAUGGCUGACAAGUACCGGCUGCUGCUCAAAAACGCUCGGCAAGUUGUCCAAGUCGUUGACAACGGACAAAAAAUCGUGAAAGGAGAUGCCAUGAGGCGACUGGCGGUCCUGCAAGAGGACGAUGUUACAUUCAGCGUUGUGGUGAAUCAGUUCGGAAGGAUAGUUGCGAUAGACGAAAGCAGCGUGAUCGCCGAGAACUACGAGCUAAGUCAGUUUGAAGAAGUAAUCGAUGCCACUGGUUGCUGCGUUCUCCCUGGACUCGUCGACUCGCACACACAUCCAGUGUGGGCAGGGGACCGUGUGCAUGAAUUCGCGAUGAAGUUAGCCGGUGCGACGUACUUGGAAAUCCACGAGAAGGGCGGCGGAAUCCACUUCACAGUGGAGCACACCCGGAAUGCCAGCGAGGAGCGUCUGCUGGAGAGUCUGGUGAAGCGGCUGGACGCCAUGCUGGCAGCUGGCACCACGCUAGUCGAGGCCAAGUCCGGCUACGGACUGGACCUACAGACCGAACUCAAGAUGCUGCACACCAUCGAGAAGGCUCGCCUGAAGACGCCAAUAGAGAUAUCCAGCACUUUCUGCGGAGCACACGCUGUCCCCAAGGGAAAGAACGCUCAAGAAGCCACAGAGGACAUUGUGACGAGGCAGCUGCCGGAGAUAAAGAGGCGCGUUUCGGAAGGCACGUUGACCGUCGAGAACAUCGAUGUGUUCUGCGAAAAGGGCGUGUUCGACGUCGAGAGCUCGCGCAAGAUCCUACAGGCUGGUCGUGAAGCGGGCCUCAGGCUCAACUUCCAUGCCGAGGAGCUGAACUGGAUCGGCGGAGUUGAGAUGGGGGCAUCGCUGUGUGCCGAGGCAAUGUCCCACUUGGAAUGCGUGUCUAGUGCCGGCAUCGAGGCCAUGGCCAAGGCGGGCAGCGUGGCGGUGGUGCUGCCCACCACGGCGUUCCUGCUGCGGCUCGAGCCUCCACCCGUGCGACGUCUGAUAGAGGCAGGCGUGGCCGUUUCCCUUGGUUCGGACUUCAACCCGAACGCCUACUGUCUAGCCAUGCCCAUGGUGAUGUACCUGGCAUGCGUGGUGUGCGGCAUGAGCCUCGAAGAGUCCCUGGUGGCGGCCACCAUCAACGGCGCCGCUUCUCUGGGCCGCUCCUCGACGCACGGCUCGCUCGAGGUGGGCAAGUGCGCCGACAUGCUGGUGCUGGAGGCGCCAUCUUGGGAGCACUUGGUGUACCGCUUCGGCUGCCACCACAGCCUCAUCAAAUGGGUCGUCAAGGCUGGGAAGGUCGUCCACCAGAGAGCCGAUUGCUAGAGCGCCGUCUGCUGGUGACAGAAGGCCCUCCACUAGAAUUCGCCAAGUUUCGUCUUCAGAUCUCGCCGUGGCUGGAGUGAAU